AUGAAGUCCCUUAACAUUGCUGCGGCAUUCGCCGGCUUGACUGCCGCCCGCUCAGUUAUCACUGCACGACAAGGAGAUGUAACCGCUGAGGAAAUCUGCGACUGGUUUGAGACCGGACGACACAAUUCAGCCAGAACUGUCGAUCAGAAUUGCCGAUCUGCCGCGGAACAAUGCAUUCAGCAUCAGUUAGGGAAACCCGGAGGUUUCAAUCAACUUGAAAGGGCUAAGGAGGACAUCAAUCUCUGCACUUUUUCGCCUAUGAUUGGAAACCCGUUAACUGACUUUCUGACUAUUUGCAAACUACUGGACACCACUCCCGAGGCAUGCCGCUCGCACACAAGUUGGUGUGUUAUGGACGACGCUACCCAAAAUAAGGGUAAUGGAGACAAAAAUACCGCCCCAGAUAGAAUCCUCAAAUGUGUUGCCGACAGAAUCCUAGAUCGGGACGGAGAUGAGACAAAGGUCGAAUGCAAAGCCACGCCCAAGGGGAAACUAGGACUGGCAAUAUGUGGUGAAGAGCUUCGGCGCGAAGACACACCAGAGGACCAGUGGGAAAAUGAGGAAGAGGAGAUAAGGGUUUGCGCAGAGAAAUUUAAUCGCAAUACGCCGGCAACCGAUAUUCUGGAUAUCAAGCAACUUGGCCAAUACUGCAAAGGCCAAAACGUAGAGUGUUCCAAGUGCAAAUUGUAUCUUAAGAACGGCUAUGGUGAAGGUGCUGCCGGUCAAUUCGACCCUUACGUCCGGUAUGUCGAAUGCCAAACUGGACACCAAGCUGCAUCUCCAACUCCCCAAGCCAACGAAAAACCCUCCCAGUCGUGUAAGUCAGUGGAACAACAGCUUCAGGAACACUGUGGCCGCCCCGAAAUCGACAAAGAUGCCUGUAUGUUUGCAGCACGUCGUUGCACAGCCCAAGUCGAACCUGACGCAACAGCACAGGAAUUCCUGGAAUGUGUCGACAUCCUGCAGGUCUGUGCUGAUCAAGGUGCUGUGUUCAAACUCGAUCAAUGCAUAGACAAUGCGAAGGCAUGCAAUGCACGGGGAAAGACGCCUCUCGGGGAUCUGGUCAAGCUUGGUCAGUGUGCCAAGAAAGAUCUUUGA